AUAAUCAUGUCAGGAGAAGGGCCACUGACAGAUGAGCUAGCAACUCCAGAGCAAUUGCUUGAAUUUAUAUAUCAAGCUUCCAAAUUGCUUCAAGGGCUUGAUGGAUUUGAAGGGAAUGUUUUCAACACCCCAGAGAAUCUCGUCUUGUGUGAAUAUUUUGUUAAAAGUACAUCAUCAGAGACAUUAUAUUUACUAAAAGUCAUUGAUAACUCAUCAAUAGAUGAUGGAAGCUAUAAAUUUUUGAUACUGAGCGAUUUAAAGGCAUCUGAAAGCUUUAUCUCCGUCAUUGCAUUGAUCAAAUCAAAUGAUCCAAUAACCUCAAAUAAACCGUUCAACUCUCAAUUGAAUUUAUUGAACAUUCCAUCUAAUAAAGCAAAUUAUAUUGGUGGAAUAAAAUCAAGUUCUUUUGAAGUUAUAAGAUCAUUGAUAAAUUUGGGAAUUUCGCCUUAUUUUGAAUUAAUUUCAGCUCAACAAAAUUCACUGGAUUCUUCACCACUUGAAGAUGAAAAUGAAUCUACAUCAGUUGCAUUAGCAAGAAAAAAAUUUAAUGAACUUUCAUUAACAUUACAACAUUUACAACAACAAAUAAAUAUUCCUGAUCUACUUUCAACAACUCAUCUGGUAAUAGAGAAAACUCUUAUACAAUUUGAAUCAGAUCCAAACACGUCUAUAACAACACCAAUUGAUUUGUUUUCAGAAGAACAACUUAAUGACACUACUUUUUUAAACCAGCUUACAACCAUUGCAAACAAUUGGGUUAAACAGAUUCAAUCUAUUACUAGUCUAAACCAUUCCCCUCUGGAUGGUUCAACCAUAGAAGAAAUCAUUUUUUGGAAGUCUAUGGAUGAGUCUUUAUCUUCAUUAACAGUACAACUAUCUUCUAAUCAAGUACAAACAACUUUAAACAUUCUUAAACGUGCUAAAAGAUAUCAUGUCACUAUGAGUUUUGCCAACGAAAUUGGGUUAGAAGAGAAAGUAAAAGAAGCAAAUAAUUACAACAGUUUAUUAAGAGAAUUACCUAUCGAGGAGGUACUUUCAAUUUCGUCUAAUUUGGCUAAUUCAGAUACUUUACAAAAAUUUGAAGAUAGUAUAUCUAUUGUGUUUAACCAUUUGAAAAAAUUGAAAAAUUUCAAUAAUUAUCCAUUAUCAAGGUCCAUUGAGUUAACGGAAGCAAUCUUGUUAGAUAUCAGCAGAAAAUUUACCGAAAUUCUUUCUAAUUUGUUCCUUAUGUCUUUACCAUUGGAAAAGUUUGUAUCCUUAUAUGAAAAAUCCAUUCUAAAAGUUUUCCAAAAUAUUGAUAUGAAUGUUAAAUCAAUGGUAAAUUUAAUUAGAGAGUUAUUGAGAAAAAGACAAGAAAAAUUCAUUGCCAUAAGGAUUGAUCAAACUGAUAUUUUACAACUAAAGGAUAGAUUAAACUAUAUUUUGAAAUUUAGAACUCGUCAUAAUGGAUUGCUCCUUACUGUGGACAAUAUAAUAAACAAAGAAGAAGUAUCACAGAGAUUGAUUGAUGCUUACAAUCAAUAUAUUGUUUCUAUAAACAUAGUUGACCUUUCCAAAACCGGGAACAAUAUUUGGUCAUUGAAUGAAUCUUUAUACCAAGCUGCAUUUGAUGAAGUUAAAUCGUUGGUGGUUACACAGGUGAAUAGCUUACUUGAUUCUUGCCAUAACUUUAAUGACUAUCUUGCGAUCUUCAAUACAUUUAUGUCCACCUCUAUAAAUUCAAAGGAAAACAAUUCAGAUCGUCUUCUUCUGCUUAUUAGUGAUGAACAGAAACUAAAAUGUUUAGCAAUUGUGGAUUUGGAAAUUCAAAACAUUGUCUCUUUGAACAGGAAGAAAACUGCCCCGGUUAAUUCUAUUGAACAAUUCUAUAGAAUUCACUCCUGGGGAUUACAAACUCAAUUAAAAUCGGAUAAUAUACCCUAUGUAUUAUCAAAGAUUCUUUGGAUGAGAAGUUUGAGAAAUCUAUUAGAGUAUUACAAAUCAAAUCUUGAUAAUUUUUUCGGUUCUCAUUGGGAUCAAUACAGUAUUGGUAACAAAAUUCAAACUGAAGUUACGAAUCUAUUAAUGGUUUCUGACCCUAACAAAGUAUUUGAAGAUUGGGUUGAAUUAACUUUAAAAGCAUGUCCAAAUUUUGAAAUCAUGGGUCCUGUUUUAAGAAUUACAUCUACCGAAAAAGCUGGAAGUGAAAUUCUUGCACUUGAGGUAAACUUUGAUUAUUCACUUAUUGAAUUUUCUGACCAACUUCGUCAAUUAUCAACUCUUGGGUUUAAAAUACCUUCAAAAGCUUCAAACCAAGUCAAUAAAGUUGAUAAAGUUUACCCGUUUGUUUCUGAUUUAACCGAACAUGUUGGUAUAUUGAAAGACGUUGUCGGUCAGCAUUCAAUAAAUUCAAACCACUGCCAAACUUACGGAUUUCUUCUUGAUAAACAUAGACUGAAACUCUUUAAUUCAUUGAAGGGUUGUCUAGAAAUUAAUUGGAAUACCUUAUCACAAGCUAUCGAUUUACAACAAAUCACAGAUUCCGAAGAUAUUGAUUCGCAACUAAAGUCAAAGGACCUUUCAAAUUUGGUGGAAUCAAAAUCUUUAUUAUUGUUGAAGUCUUUCAUGGAAGAUGUCUACAACCUUUAUUCAAAAACCGCUGCAUUAAGAAAAUUCGGCGAAUCCUUUGACCAAUUUUUACUUCAAUUGAAAAAUUGUAAAUUUACUAAUGUGGACAUUCAAAGUUGUAUGCUUUCGAUUCAAGAUAUGGUGACUCAAUUUUGUUACGGUGAUUUUCUGGAUAUUCCAAGAUUCUAUGAUUUGGUGAAUUCAUCAAUUGAGACUGUAUUAGUGGAGAAGUGUACACGGGAAUUGGAUCACAUCAGGGAAGUAUUCUCCUCCACCUUACCACUGAUCGAAAUACCUUCCAUACUUAAAAGAGAGACGGUGACAAUUGUAUUUCAAGAUCAAACGUUUAGCUUGUCACCCCCCCUUGAAAAUUGUAAGAAGCAUUGGUUUCAAACAAUCAAUGAAGUAUUGUUCAUUGUUUGUGGGCAGAAUCUAAUCAGGUAUGAAAAUGAAAACUCAUUUAAUCAUAUUGCUGAAAUAGUUUCCGAAUGUAUUUCACUUUGCUACGAUGCAAUCGAAACUGUAAUGAUGUCCGGUCAAAAUUACUUUGAAAGCUGGAAAAACUUACAAAGAUUUUGGGAACUCAGUCUUGACGAAAUUACUACAUCCUUGGAUAAUGAUAUGACCAUGUGGAUUUCGAAAAUCAAAGAAAUUCGUGAAGCGAGAACUAUCUUCGAUACCACUGUAUCAUCUAAAAGCUGGGGUGGUGGAUCAAAUGGGAUAUUAGAGAUGGACUAUUCAUAUGUACAAUCUAGAAUUUCUUCAAGAUAUGAUAGCUGGCAAAAUGAAGUAUUCGCUAGGUUUUCAGACAUACUAUCUAUUAAAAUUAGAGAGACUGAAGCACUUCUAUCGAAAGCUAUUCUUUCCCUGGAAGAUGUUCUUGAUUUUGGAGUAAACUUAAAGUUAAUAUCACUGAUCGUCACCAACAAUUCUUAUAUGGAAAAGAUAGAAGAUUGGACGUCAGAUAUAAGCACAUAUUUGGAGGCUCAAACUCUUUUACAGAAACUGAGAUUUAAGUUGCCCAAUGAUUGGCUAUUCGUUGAACAAUUGGAAAGUAAUUUGUCUGCUAUCAAAGAUAUUACCCUGAAGAAGAAGGCAACUAUUUUAGAACACUUGGAUAUGUUAUCUCCAAGAAUGACUUCAGAAUCCAAAAAACUAGACAGCCAGAUGAAGGAGUUACAAGAUUUGUGGGAAGUCAAGAGACCAAUUUCUGGAAACUUGGCUCCUUCAAAUGCUAUCUCUAUUCUACAUGAAUUUUCUGAUUCUUGUGAAAGGGUUUCCAAUGAAAGAAUCGCUUUAACUAAUGCAUGUACCAUUCUUAGCAUUAACGUACUGUCCUUUUACGAUGUUUACGAGAUUACUGAAGAAAUAAAAGAUUUAUUGAAUGUUUGGAUGUCUCUUGACGUGUUAUGGAACGAAUUAUCAACGUUGAAAGAACUCUCGUGGUCGAAAACAUCUCCUAGAACACUUCGAAGAAACUUAGAUGAUAUCUUAAUGUCAGCACGUUCAUUACCUUCAACCACACGUCAAUAUUCUGCAUUCGAUACAGUUCACGAAUUGAUUAAGAAAUAUAUUCGAAACCAUUCUAUAAUCACUGAUCUCAUGAGCGAGGCUAUGAAACCCCGCCACUGGAAAUCUUUAUUUUCUCAAUUGCAUACAUCAAGUAGAGAUAUGAAGGAAAUGACUAUCGGUUACGUUUGGGAUAUUGAUUUAAAUCUUAACGAACAGGUGGUUAAAUCUGUCUUAAACCAGGCUCAUAUGGAGCAGACACUUGAAGAGAACUUAGAGACUAUAAAAAAGACCUGGUCAGCAAUCAGCUUCGACAUGUUCAAUUUCAAAAACAAGCGGCGAUUGAUUCGAGGCUGGGAUAAAUUGUUUGACCAAUGUAACAAUGAUAUUGCAGCACUCUCCAAUAUGCAUAAUUCUGUUUAUUACAGCAAUUUUGAAAAAGAGGCAACUGAACUCGAAAAUAAAUUGAACAAGUUAUAUGUAUUGUUAGAUUCAUGGGUUGAAGUUCAGCGUGAAUGGGUGUAUUUGGAUGGAGUAUUUGGAUCAAGUGCCGAUAUUACGAACUUGCUUCCUAUUGAAUCGAAUCGAUUCAAUAAUAUUACACAUGAAUACUUUCUGCUCUUGAGAAAUGCACAAAAGUAUCCAUUGGUUAUUGACGUACUUACUCUUCCAAACAUUCAGCAAACAAUCGACAAAACUCUUGAAAGUCUACAUAGAGUAAGAAAAUCCUUGAGCGAGUACCUUGAAAGACAAAGAGAACUCUUCCCACGGUUCUACUUUCUUGGAAAUGAGGAUUUGUUACAAAUAGUCGGCAGUGGGAAUGAUAUGUCCCAGAUUAGCCAGCACCUUAGAAAGAUGUUUCCAGGGGUACUGAGCCUUCAGUAUGAAGUUGAAAGCUCUUCAGUCGUAGGUGUCAAUGGUGAUUUUGGAGAAGAAAUUCUUUUAGGGAACCCAAUCUCUUUAAUCCACUUUUCUCGAUUGCACGAGUGGCUAAAGGAGCUAGAAAUGGAGAUCAGAUCGACUCUUUCCCAUCUUGUCGGAAAUGCAAUCGAAAAGCUUCAGAAUAUUUGGAAAUCUAUGUGUACACAAGAAAUGAUGGAUUUUAUAAAUGCUUAUCCAGCUCAGAUUGUGGUUUUAGCGUUUCAAGUAGAAUUCACUUCGAAAGUAGAAGAUUGCAUAGGAAGAAAGUCAUAUUCAGACAUCUACCAGUGGUUUGUUGAUGCUUUAAGGAUUGUCGCAGAUAUUAUUAAUUCUGAUAUUUCCCCAAUUCAGAGGAAGAAAUUGGAAAGCUUAACCAUUGAAUUGCUCCAUCAAAGAGAUGUUAUUUCUUCAUUAACAAAAGAAGGUAUAUCUGAAUCUGAGAUUAAAUUCCUUUGGCAAACACAACAACUUUUCUAUUAUAACAAGUCCGAAGAGGAUCCACUUAUUCGACUUGUAGUGAAGCAGGCCAAUGUGCAGUUCACAUAUGGGUUUGAGUAUUUGGGAAUUACCGAUAAACUUGCUUAUACUCCACUUACAAACAGAUGUUUCCUUUCUAUGACCCAAGCUCUUGGACAAGGUUUAGGAGGAUCUCCAUUUGGUCCGGCUGGUACAGGUAAAACUGAAUCCGUAAAAGCACUUGGUCAUAAUCUAGGGAAAAUGGUAAUCGUGUUUUGCUGUGACGAAUCCUUCGAUUUCCAAUCAAUUGGUAGAAUCUUUCUUGGUCUCUGUAAAGUCGGUGCUUGGGGUUGUUUUGAUGAAUUUAAUAGAUUGGAUAAAAAUAUUCUCAGUGCGGUAUCUUCUCAAAUUGAGAGUAUCGAGCUUGGAUUAAGUACAACAUCUCGGAAAGUUGAGCUCUCCGGAAAGAACAUUACUGUACAUUCGGAUACAGGAAUAUUCAUCACGAUGAAUCCAGGAUAUGCUGGACGUUCCGAGUUGCCUGAAAACUUGAAGAGAUUAUUUAGAAGUAUUUCGAUGGAAAAGCCAGAUAGUGAAGUGAUUGUGGAAGUGCUUCUUACUUCAAGCGGGUUUGUACAUGCUCAACAAUUGGCAUCAGUCAUAGUUCCAUUUUUUUCGGACAUAAACAGCCAAACAAGCGAGCAAAUUCACUACGAUUUCGGAUUGCGUGCAUUGAAGAGCACCUUAGUUAGAUGUGGUGCUAUAAAACGAUCCCAAACUGAAGGAGAAUAUGAAGAAUUGAAAAUGAGUGAAACUAAAAUUGUUUUAAGAAGUAUACAUGAGACUAUUUUUCCAAAAUUGAUUAAAGAUGAUGAAAGUGUUGUACAUAAGUUGAUCGAAGAACACUUUAAAGGAGUAUCAUACGAAUCUGGUGAUCUCGUGUUAGUUGAACAACUCAGAAAAUAUGGAAAGUCAAGAAAGUAUACUACUACUGAUUCUUGGAUUGAGAAGGCUUUGCAAUUGAAUCGAAUUCAGAAUAGUAACCACGGGAUUAUGCUCGUAGGAGCUGCUGGAUGCGGAAAAAGUGUCAUAUGGAAACUGUUACUAGAUGUAUUACUGGAAGUUGAUGAAAAGGAAAAUAUUUCUUAUGUUAUUGAUUGUAAAGUGAUGCUGAAGGAUGAAAUCUAUGGAACAUUGGAUAUUGUGACUCGUGAAUGGGUUGAUGGCUUAUUCACAAGUAUUCUUAGAAAAAUAACUUCUAAUUUGAGAGGUGAAAUAUCUAAAAGAAUUUGGAUAGUUUUCGAUGGUGAUAUCGAUCCUGAAUGGGCAGAAAAUUUGAACAGUGUGUUGGAUGACAACAAGAUUUUAACUCUCCCAAAUGGUGAAAGAAUUGCUUUACCUGAAAACGUCAGAUUAAUUUUUGAAGUGGAUAGCUUAAAAUAUACCACCCCUGCUACCGUUAGUAGAUGUGGUAUGGUUUGGAUUGAUGAAGAUAUUGUUAACUUAGAUUCGUUGUUCCAAUAUGCUAUAGACAAUCUUGCUGAUACUCAGUUGAAUCAACCCGAAUCCCAAAUUUCUGAUACAAAAGUAUUAUCAAUUUUUGUUUCUGAAGUUGAAUCUAUUUUAUCGCCGGGGACUUUGCGAGUAAUUUUUGAUAAAUCUCAAUUAUUAAGUCACAUUAUGGAGAUCAACCUUCAUAGAUACCUAGGAACAUUUUCUACUAUUUUGAGGACAUACUAUCGGAAAUACUCUAAGUAUGUCUCUGAUUCUCAGGAUCUUUCAAACUUUAAGCUCUAUGUUUCUAAAAGUGUUUUGUUGUCACUAGUAUGGGCAUUUGCAGGCGACAGUAAACUUAGUGAGAGAGAAAAUUUUGGUACAUUCAUUGCCGAAUUGCCUUGUUUUGGAUCCAUGGAUAAACUCAGCGAGGGUAGCUACAUUGACUACGAUGUGAAAAUGGAAGAUGGGUCAUGGGAAAACUGGCUAUUGAAUGUAAAUGAAAUUAGUUUGGAACCACGCCAUAUCUCUGAGUCCGGUGUGGUUGUACCCACAUUAGACACUGUUCGUCAUGAGAGUCUUAUUUAUUCGAUGUUGAAUGAACAUAGACCAUUUGUAUUAUGUGGACCUCCUGGUUCUGGUAAAACAAUGAUUUUACUCGAAGCGCUUCGAAAAUCCCCAGAUUUAGACAUCCUUUCAUUGAACUUUUCGAAGGAUACGACCCCAGACUUAUUAAUGAAAUCCCUUGAACAAUUCUGCGAGUACAAGAAAUUAAGUACCGGUUUAACAUUGGCUCCAAAGGUUAAUGAUAAGUGGGUUGUUGUAUUCUGUGACGAAAUAAAUCUUCCUGGCGUUGAUGCCUAUGGGACCCAGAGAGUUAUUUCAUUGCUUCGUCAAAUGAUCGAACAAGGUGGAUUCUGGAGAGUACUGGAUAAACAAUGGGUCACCCUUUCGAACAUUCUGUUUGUGGGCGCAUGUAACCCUCCCACCGAUCCCGGAAGAAAUGUUCUUUCAAGUAGGUUUUUACGACACGCUUCUGUGAUUCUAGUAGAUUACCCCGGAAGCAUUUCCUUGACGCAAAUUUAUAAUACAUUUAAUUUAGCGGUGAUGAAAUGCGCUCCAGAUCUCCGAGGAUUUACUCAAGCAGUUACCGAUUCAAUGAUUGAAGUUUAUACUAGAACUCGUGAAAGACUCACCCCUACGAUAGAACAGCAUUAUGUAUAUUCCCCUCGUGAAUUAACAAGAUGGUCGAAGGGGUUAUUAGAGGCUAUGAAAUCACAUCAAUACUCAAAUAUGCAAGAGUUAGUUCGUUUAUGGUACCACGAAGGAUUACGCUUAUUUUACGAUAGACUAGUUGGAGAAGAAGAACGCAAAUGGACCAUUGAUCUCUUUGCUACGACUAUUAGUUUGUUUUUUCCGCAUAUUGAUCCGGUAAUGGCUAUGCAACAACCUGUAUUCUUUUCUAACUGGUUAAGCCUGGACUAUGAACAUACUGAUAGGUCCGAUCUUGUUUCAUUUGUAUCGGAAAGAUUUCGUGUUUUUAGCGAAGAAGAGAUUGAUGUUGAUCUUAUUCUAUAUGAUGAAAUGUUAGACCACGCACUUAGAAUAGACAGAGUGUUGAGACAGCCACAAGGGCAUAUGAUUUUAGUUGGCUCAAGUACCAGUGGAAAGUCAACCUUAACCCGAUUUGUCGCGUGGAUUAAUGGGCUUCGAGUAAUUCAGUUAAAUGUCCAUAGAGGCUAUACAUUGGUCGAUUUUGAUUCAUCUUUAAGGUCAAUUCUUCUUCGAUGUGCUAAGGGUGAGAGAAUCUGUUUCAUGAUUGAUGAAUCAAGUGUUCUAGAAACAUCUUUCAUUGAGAGAAUGAACACUUUGUUGGCCAAUGCUGAAAUUCCUGGAUUAUUUGAAGGGGACGACUAUAACUCAUUGUUGAAACUAUGCCAAGAAGAAUCUAACGUACAAGGAUUGUACUUGGACACCCAUCAAGAGUUAUAUAAGUGGUUUACCAACCAAAUUGCUACCAAUUUGCAUGUUGUAUUCACUUUGAGUGAAACUAAAGCUGCAACUACUCCUCGUGUCACUACAUCGCCAGCUUUAUUUAACAGAUGUGUAUUGAAUUGGAUGGGUGAUUGGUCAAACAAAUCACUUUUUGACAUUGCAUCCACUAUCGUUUGUAAUGUACCACUAGAUGUAUCACAUUAUGUUGUUCCUCCUACGUUUGAGAGUGAGUUUGAUGUGCAAAUCUCAGAUUUAAGAAGUGUAAUCACUGAGUGUUUGGUCUUUAUUCAUCGAUAUGAGGUUAAAGCAAACGAUCAACUACUUCCAACAGACCCACUUCCAAGUUGGUUUAUUAAAUUUGUGAAGGGUUUUGUUAAGAUCUAUUCAUCAAAAUUGUACGAAUCGGAGGAAAACCAGAGACAUAUCAACAUUGGUCUUGAUAAGUUGAAGGAAACCAUGUUGCAGGUAAACGAGCUAAAGAUCGAGCUUUCUAAGAAGAAGGAAUACUUAAUUGGGAAAGACAAUGAGGCUAAGGUAAUGCUUAAUAGAAUGUUGGUGGACCAGAAUGAAGCCGAACGCAAACAAGAAUUUUCGAUAGAGACUCAAUUAGAAUUAUCCAAGCAAAAGGUAGAAAUCGAGAGACGCCAAAAGAUAGUUAUGAAGGAUUUGGAAUUGGCCGAACCUCAAGUUCUUGAAGCGCAAAGAGGGGUUCAAAACAUCAAGAAACAACAUCUCACCGAAAUAAGAUCUAUGUCCAACCCCCCAUCUGCUGUGAAAAUGACAAUGGAGUCGGUAUGUGUGCUUAUUGGAUACCAGGUAUCAACCUGGCGUGAUGUGCAAUUAAUUGUUCGGCGAGAUGAUUUCAUUGCCAACAUUGUUUCGUUUGAUAACGAGGUACAACUUACUCCAGAAUUACGUAAUUACAUGGAGGAAACUUACCUUGCUCGAGAGGACUAUAAUUUCGAGGCAGUGAAUAGAGCCAGUAAGGCAUGUGGGCCCUUAAUGCAAUGGGUCCAGGCACAGGUAUCAUACUCUGAAAUUUUAGAGAAUAUUGGUCCAUUGAGAGAGAAAGUUCUGAUUUUGGAGCUGAAAACCACAAAAACCAAGGCACAAUUGAUUGCAAUUGAUGAAAUGAUCAAUGAAUUGAAAGAAAGUAUCGAAACAUAUAAAGAGGCAUAUAGUUCUCUAAUUAGAGAUGCAGAAAACGUGAAACUGGAUAUGAGAAAAGUUUCUUCCAAGGUGGACAGAAGUUUACAAUUGAUUGAUAAUUUAACAAGUGAACGUGAAAGAUGGGGUUCAAGCAUUAAAAAAUUUAGCAAGGAAAGAGAGCUUCUAGUUGGUGACUCCAUCCUUGCAUCUGCAUUCUUAACGUACGGUGGAGUUCAUGAUCAAAAGAGAAGAGAUCUUCUCUUCAAAGCAUGGAGAACACAUUUGACCUCAUGUGGUAUCUCGUUUGACAGAAAUUUCAACAUUUGCACUUAUUUGACAUCUGCUAAUGACGUUAUGGAAUGGGAGGCCAACGAAACUAAACUUGAUGAUUUGUUCUUAGAAAAUUUUGUUUUGAUUAAGUCUGCUCAUAUACCCCUUAUUAUCGACCCAACAGCUCAAGCAAUCGAAGUAUUACGGAAUAAUUAUGAUACUAAGAAGUUGAUAAUUAGUAGCUUCUUGGAUUCGAACUUCUCACAGCAACUAGAAAAUGCUUUACGUUUUGGUGGUCAUAUUUUAAUUCAAGAUGCGGAAUAUUUUGACCCUAUCCUCAAUACAGUGUUGAGAGGUGAAACUUACAAAAAUGGUGGACGAACUGUUGUGAAAUUAAAGGAACAAGAAAUUGACUUCUCUCCUGAUUUUAAACUCUUUUUGCACACUAGAGACUCGCUGGUAAAGGUAUCAUCAUUCUUAUCAGGCCGAACUGCGAUCGUGAACUUUACGGUGACUAGCGCAAGUCUUGAGAAUCAAGUUUUGAAUAUCUCACUAGCCCAAAAACGCCCAGACAUCGAGGUGAAGAGAAGGGAAUUAACAGAGUUACAAGGGAAGUAUAAAGUACGUUUGUUUACUCUUGAAGAAGAAUUAUUAUCUUCACUUAGUACAUCAUCCGGAAAUAUUUUGGAAGAUGAUUCUGUACUUGGCACUCUCGAAAGUUUGAAAGCUGAAUCUUCAGAUAUUGAUUCAAAGAUGGAUGAAGCGAAUGACGUGAUGAACGUGGUUGAAGAGGUGAGAAAUGAGUAUUUCCAUCUCUCUAAACAUGCAUCUCAAAUUUUUAGCAUCAUUAAGACUUUCUUGCGCCUUGAUCGAUUCUAUAAUUUCUCCUUGAAUGCAUUUACUGAUGUAUUCACCAAAGUCAUCACUGCCGAUGUUUCGAACACAAUUGAGUUUGUGCUAAUGCUCUACAAGGAGACAUUCUCCAGAUUCUCCUUAUCUUUAAAGCAUGCACACGUUGUGACAUUCGCCCUAAGCCUCUUCUCUCUGUAUCAUUCCUUAGAGGGUAGCGAUACAUUUAAAGUUUCGUUCUCAAAUGUUUUGAAAUCAAUUGGCGGAGGAGUCCAAGGGGAUAGUAUAUUGAAGGUACUUGAGAUAAAUGGCAUUUUGGGUUAUGAAAAGCAAUUAUUUGAAAUCAGCGAUAUUGAAAGUAUAUGCUUGGCCAAUAGCCAAUCCACUACGUUGAACUUACUUUCUAAUUUCUUAAAAGGAAUUGUUGACGGUAGUAGAUUAUCAGAAAUAUAUGUGGAAUCCACAAGCUUCCUUUAUACUGGACUUGGGGAAUAUAGUUCGAAGUUUGACAUGAACACACUUAUUAAAGAGCAGAAUACUGCUUCAAAGCCAGUUAUCAUAGUUUCUCCAGAGUUUUUAGACCCAACAUUUAAAAUACAGCAAUUGGCGGAACUUCAAUCUCAACAUUUAAGUACCAUUUCAAUGGGGUCAAAAGAAGGUACUGACAUCGCCACGAAGGAAAUUCAAGUGGCUGCAACCCGAGGAUCUUGGGUAUUGAUUCAGAAUGUUCAUAUGUCAUUGAAUUGGUUGAGUCAACUUCAAAAAAUUCUUGACCUGACUAAAUUUCACCAAGGGUUUAAGAUAUUUUUGACCUGUACUACCACUUCGAAUAUUCCUUCUAUCUUGAUAAGCAAAUCCCAAAUAUUUAUGUUUGAAGAUCAACCUGGUCUUAGAACUCGUUUCAAAGAUCUUUUGGAUUCUAUACCACCACAUACAUUGAAGAAAAAUCCCGGUGAGAGAAGACGUAUUUACUUCUUAUUGAUUUGGUUCCAUUCAAUGCUUCAAGAAAGAUUAAAAUAUGUUCCUAUUUCAUUUGCAACAAACUACGACAUUACCAUAUCAGAUUUUAAGGCAGCAUGCUUUGUUAUCGAUAAGGCACUUGAUUCUUUGGGAACGAUGCGGACUAAUAUAUCGCCUUCCUCGCUCCCAUGGGAAUAUCUUCGUUAUUUGAUUGCAAAUAUUACCUACGGUGGUAAGAUUGAUCAUGUAGAUGAUUUGAAUUACGUCAUUUCAUUAUCACAAACAGUGUUUAAUGCUAACGCGUUCAAUUUAGAAUUCAACCUUAUAGAAAAUGAAUUCACCAAAUCUACCGCUACUACAUUAUAUCCACCAGAAGGUGAUCUGAUUGAAGGUUAUAUUGAAUGGGCUGAACAUUUACCAGAUAACGUCCCAUUGAAUUGGAUAGGUCUUGAUAAUAAGGUUGACAAUCAAGUUCGCGAACGCAAUUGCCGUCAAAUUGCAACUGACACAGACUUAAUAAUUACAUUAACUUAA